CGGCGGUAAACACGGCGCUGGUUCUCGGCUUCUGGCGCUGAAGAGGCGCCCCCCCCCCCGCGGCGUCCGGGCGAGACGCCCGCGUUUGGCUCGGGGUGUGUCGGAAGGCCGCAGCUGGGCUGGCGUUAGCAUUAGCAGCUAAGCUAAGGCCUCGGCUUAACCUCACACAGCGGUGUUUGUGCGACGAAACGCUUCUUGCUGGAAUUGUUCCGCUCCACCUUAAAUGGCGCUGCGGUCGCGGCGGUUUCAGGCGCCAGAAUGUAACUGCUGCACUGUUUAAGGUGGAACGGAACAGUUCCAACGAGAAACCGAGUCGUUGUGUGUGUUAGCUUAGCCUCCGGUGUUUGUGUAAAGACAGCCGACGGUGAAGUGUUAAAAACGCGAUAUACUCCGCCGCUGACUCGCUUAAUCGCCUCUAAAGCGCCCGAGGCGCCGUUCCUCGCUAAAAUGUUAGGCUCUCGUGUCGUGUGUGGCUGCGGCGCGUCUGUUGUGUUUGGGAGGCUUUGUUUGACCGUUUUGCCAUUUUGUGGUCUUCUCUGCCACCAGCUGUCACCUGGUCUCAGCCUCGCUCCUGCCAGCCCGCAGGACUGUACCGAGAAGAUGAACACCUGAGGCAGAAUGGCUAGCUGUGGUGAGGUCGAUCACUCUGUGGACGCGCUGGCUUCGGGUAAGAAGGUGGGUGGGGACUCUGUGACGGGCAGCAGUGGGAGCCCCUCCCCUUCCUCCCCUGCUCUUCCUGUCCUGGAGUGCGCCAUCUGCCUGCAGAGCUGCGUCCACCCGGUGCGCCUGCCCUGCCGCCACGUCUUCUGCUUCCUGUGCGUGAAAGGUGCAUCCUGGCACAGCAAGCGUUGCGCCCUCUGCAGGCAGGAGGUGCCCGAGGACUUCCUGGAGCGGCCCACGCUGCUGUCGCCCGAGGAGCUGAAGGCCUCUGCCUCGGGCAGCCGCGGCACGGGGGCCGGUGACCACGCGUGGUACUACGAGGGGCGCAACGGCUGGUGGCAGUACGAUGAACGCACCAGCCGCGAGCUGGAAGACGCCUACAACAAGGGCAAGAAGAGCGCCGAGAUGCUCAUCGCCGGUUUCUUGUAUGUGGCCGACUUGGAGAACAUGGUGCAGUACCGGAGGAACGAGCACGGCCGCCGUAGGAGGAUGAAGAGAGACGUGGUGGACAUCCCUAAGAAAGGGGUGGCUGGACUGAGACUGGAUCCUGAGCCCGGACCUGCUCCUGGACCUGGAGCGGCAAGUGGAUCUGGAUCUGGAACUGGAGCACCAGCAGGGUCACCGAACGCUGGCGUGCCAGCAAGUGGGGAUUCGGUGGGCAGUAUGGACGGAGGUGUCCCAGAGAGGGAAAGUUCAGCAGAUGGAGCGGAUACGGUGGCCAGUGGGGGGCGUCCUCAGGUGGGAUUCGCUCCCCCUCCUGUUCGGCCACCCACCAUACUAGGGGGUCACCCGAGCAGCCCUGCCGCCUCCGGGCCCCUGUCGCUCGUUCAGGCGUUCGCUCAGUUCAAUAUAGGCCACGCCGGGCCUGAGGAGGAGGACGAGGACGACGAUGAAGACGAUUCGGCCGCUCCUGAUGCUUCGGGAUAUGAAUCAGAGUCGGGCACCAGUGAGGAUGAUGACGAUGGCGUCGAACGCGGCGGUGAGGAAGGUGUUGGGGAGCGGGCAGAAGGGGCUCAGGGCAGGCACAGACUGCAGCAGCUGGACAGACUGCCCCCGGGUGGUGGAGCCAGUGGUCACGGCAGCGUUCGCUCACGCAGCCCUGAUGGUCAGUGUACGGUGACGGAAGUGUGACCCACUACACCCAACCCACCCACCCCCCACCCGCCGCUGUACUGUUGCCAUGGAAACGCGCUCUCUGCCCGAUCGCCUAGAACUGCUAACGAAACCUCUGAAAAGCAAAAAAUGUAAACAAAUUAAUCACAUUUAAGAAGUUUGGAUUCGCGGUGACGCAGCCUAGAACGGGGUGAAGAUGGGAACUGGGGGUAGUUUCGAUGUGGAGAGGGGGCGUUUGAGUAAUGCAGACUUUGUGGGGGUCUCUUUAUACAUUGAAAGCAACUGAUUAGAAGCCUGUGAAUGUUUCACAAAGCAGUUAUCCAGAUAACCUAAAGAGGAAUUCUGUCAAUUUUUUAUUUUUUUUUUCCUUUUAUGCAUUGAGAUGUAAACAAAGUCAUUCAGGGUGGUUUGAUGUAAUCAUGAUGAUGGAAAAUAAUGGAAAAGUUUUUUGGAGACUUCUGCUGUAGUACUCCCUGCAUUAACUUCUCCACUGUGAACCGACUGUAAAAAAAAAAAAAAAAAACAUUUUAGACCAAACUCAGAACGAUGUCUCAGACGUCGGGCAGCGUGUUUUGUAUGUCUGUAUGACUUUCUGUGAGGGAGCUUUUAGAUGCGUUACACGCCUUUGGCAGCAAUUGUCGGGGUCCAAGCACAACACUAUUUCUGGAACUCGUAGAACCCAAUGAAGGGCAAAGGGGCCUCUAUUAAAAGCCUGAAAAGAUGCCACCCAGAUUUCGUAUAUGCUGAGGUUUGGGUGUGGUGAGCAUUAACAAGUCAUGAAAUCAAAUGAUUUUUUUUUUUUGUAACAUAUGCACAGAUGUUGAACUCAAUGAACUAAAGAAUUCCAAGAAAUAACACCUGUAUUAUCACUACAGUGCUCUCCUAAGAACGAUCCCACCAGACCCACUGCAGGGUUCUUCAUUUCUGAGCUUGUGAUCUUCCAAAAUCAUCUCAAAAAUGUUGUUAAACAAUAUCUGUCAUCAGGCAGUGAAUUCAUAACCUCUUUAAGUAGUCAUUUCCUGUGAGGGAGCUUUUAGAGGCGUUAAACGUCUGGAUCUUCAGACGUCUGGUUCCUGUCGUCACCUCUGCGACUUACUUAGGUUUCUCUAGAACUUAGCAUUUCACGUCAAACCACUCGGAACGACUUUGCUUACAUCUCCACUGUUUAAUUAACUCGGAUAUUUUUGAAAAAUUGGUAGAAUUCCCUUAAAGUCAGUCCUGCCCAACAAAAGGAGAGGUACGCUCAACAAAACGGUGCCCAAAUUGUUCUCAGCUUGGACUCAGGAAACAGCUUUGUUGCAGAACUUUUAUUUUACGUGGAGGUUCUUUAAACUGUGGUUCUUCAGCUCAUUUUCAGAAAUGGUUCUCUGAAGAAUCAAGGAUCUUUUAAAGCACUGGUUUCAAACUGGGGACCUCCAGAACGUUCUAGCCAUAUUGUGAGCAAAAAUGUGGAUCGUCUGGGUUUCCCUGAGGUUCGGGUUGAGAACCACUGCUUUAAGGAGCCCACAAAGGUUCAUGGCUCCAAAGAACCCCUUUAGGCACACUGUUGUUGAGUGUAAGUCAGUGUUCCUAUUAGCCUCACUUUGGGCUCUACUGAGAAAUCCCGCUUUGUGGAAUGCCCCCACCAGGUCUCCUAGGAAUUUGCAUUACUCACGCCCACCCUUUGGUUUUUCCUUCUUUCUUUCUUUUUCCUUUCUCGGUCAUUCUCCUCGUUUCUCUAACAGGGCUGCGCUCCAUAGUUCUGCCAUCCGUAGGAGCCCUUCAGCCAGCUGACGGUUUCUGCUCAUAGUGUUUUCACGACGUCUCGACUCGUGAGCGUGUGUUCGAGCGAGUACGCGAGUGCUUUUCUUCUUUGGCCUGGUCGAUCUGCGUCUCCUCUCGGCGCCUGAGCCUGUUUCAUGACUUUUACAUGUGUUGCUGUGAGUGAGGCUUUUUCGAAGGAAGUGACCCCAGGCUGAAGUGCUGUGAACUCUGGGAAGUGGAGUUUUAUUUGAGAUUUUACUUGUAGAUGUAGUUUUCUGUUUUUGCUGUCCAGUUUUGAAGUUUUCGAAUUUUAAACCAGUUAUUUUUGGGUCAAGAUCUCAUGUCCAUUUGUUGAGAUUCUUUGUCGUUGGCAGAACAACAAGAAAAAGAAAUAAUAACUAUAUAACUUCUUUUUGGUGUACUUUGUUUUAUUGUUGUUUUUUUUUUGUUACUAAGUUUAUCAGAUUAAUAAAGUGUUGUCUAUUA